AUGGCGACAACCACCACGGACAACCGCUCCCCUUCCCCCGCCCCGCCCCCUCCCUCCGCCCAAACGCCCGGUCCCCGCGCCACAGCUCUCAACAACAUGUUCACCGCAGCGCUCACGCACACGGUUCACACCUGUUCCUACGCCAACUUCGCCGCUUGUUUCCCGACGUCCGCCAAAUCCGCCCCAGCGGUUUUGAACAACGUGUGGAGACAGAUCGUUGGACAGGUGGAAGAUAAGGCGAAGCGGGAAUUUGAGGAAAUUUUGGUCGAGAAGGAUGUAGUGGGGGGAUUGAAUGAGCUGGAAAGGCUGGUGGGCACUGCAAAGGCAAGAAGGGAGGGGGGUGGGGAGGGAAUGCUGCCGAAUGAGCCUCCGCACACGCUUCCCCCGCAAUCCCUCUACCUAGCGCACCUGGCACCUUAUCUUGCGUCUACACAAUCGCAACUAGAGACCGAGCUACAGGCUGUACAAGUUGAAAACGAACAAGUGGCGAAGGGAGUAGAGAGACAGAGAGACGAAGUAGAGCGACUUGUCAGCGGUCUGGAAGCAGUGAUUGCAGAUCUGGACGGUGCGAAUGGUGCCAUGGGCGAUGUUGUUGAGGGCAGCGAGAUGAGAAAGGAGGCAAUGGAAAUGGAUGGUGAGAUUGGAGUGAGGGCGAGAGGAAGCCGGUUAUGA